CUUGGAGAUACUUCAGCUGACAAUUAGUAUCGCGUAAGCGGUGUCUCCGACCGUCAAACUUUUCGACAAAAGUUGCGUUUCUAAAAAAAAAGAAGAAAGAAAGAAAGAAAGAAAGAAAAAGAAGAAUUAAAAAAAAAAAAUUAAAAAAAAGAAAGAAAUAAACAAAUUUCUAAUCGAUCAAAAUAUUACGAAUAUUAUUGCUACUCUUAUCGAAAUUGAUCGACGACGAUAAAAUCUUCGGGAUAAAUUUUUCGCUUUAUCAUUUCAACGAAUACAUAAGGAUUUUAACAUCGAACAUGCCACGGAAACGUCGAGCGUCGACACCAUCGUUGGAAUGCGACGAGGAAGAAUUCGCGUCGGAGGAAAAAUUUAGCAAAGAAGAUAUGGAUAGCCGAGCCCCAAGAAACGCAGCUAAUGCUCGUGAACGUGCAAGGAUGCGAGUUUUAAGCAAAGCAUUUUGCAGAUUAAAAACAACCCUUCCAUGGAUUCCACCAGACUCGAAACUUAGUAAACUCGAUACUCUUCGUUUAGCUGCAACUUACAUCGCUCAUCUUCGUGCUGUUCUCAGAGAUGACGGAGAUUCUCAUCCAGAAACGACGAGAUCGUUGUCCUUGGCUUUGUCAUGGCCUUUUGCUAUCCAAGGAACAAACGCCUCGAUGUUGAUGAAUAACAGUUGUAACAUGUCAUCCUCGACUUCUGCCAGUUCUAAUCAGUAUCGGGGACAGCAAGGAAGCAACGAUAUUCAAAACUUCCAUCACGGUGGACACCAAAAUGCUUCCAUGCGUCACAAUCAUACUCACAAUCAUGAGGCACAGCUCUCCUAUUUUUAAUCCUACUUUUUGAACGGCUGAUUUGAAAAGUUUCCCGAUAACGAAAUCGUGCCUUUAACGAGAGAAGAAUUUAAAAAAGAAAUAAAUGUAUGCUGUGCACAUAUUCAAGGCAAUUUACAAUCUAUUUAUUUGGAAGUGCCUUAUUACUCUCUCUCUCUCUCUUUCUCUCUCUCUCUCUCUCUCUCUCUCUCUCUUUCUCUCUUUCUUUUUCUCCCUCCGUGUUAUUUAUUAAAUUACUAUUAAUUGAAAACCAUUAUGAUGUGCCAUGGAUGAUUAUUAUUGUAAUUGUAACCAAAACAUGCGAAC